UCAUUGGUUAAAGGUGGGGCAAGCAAUGUUAAUUAUAUUUCGCUCGCCGCUCGUUUGCCUGUUGGACGCUAUAGUUGCUAGUAAAAGAUAAACUGAAGGGCACCUCUAAGACAUCCCUGAUAACAGAUUAAAUUCUCUUGCCGAAGGAAUCUAAGGGCUUACGAUGGUUGGGGCAUAUGGCUUGACCUGUGUUUUUACCCUUUACAUUCUGAUAGCUGUAUUGUUUAUAGUAGAUGAUGGAGCAGAAGGCCUUACUCUUCGAGUCCCACAUGGUAAAUUAGAAGCGCUACUUGGAAGAAAGUGUCUGAAUUUACUUUUUCGGGAACCAUGUGUAGAUAACCAACACUGUAACAUCUCACUUGAAGUCAAACUGGAAAGUAAAACUGGCCAAAUGACCUCGAGCACUUCAAAAUCUAUAGAAAGCAGCCAAAUUAUGAAGAUUAAUAGUACCUCCAUGUACUUACUGUGUAUGUUUGACUCCUCUGCUGGGGAAAAUGUUUCUUGUUGCAAUGAUAUCAGUCAUAGUCCAGGCAUAAACAUCACAAAUGGUGUUGAAGUGGGUUUAUCUCAUUACCAGGAGAUAAGCUUUGAUCUUAAAGCUUGCAAUGAGAGCUGUUUAACACUGUUGAAAUUUUUCAACGCCUUUCUACCUUGGCACGAUCCAUGCUACUUUGGAAAACCAUGCCAAAAUUUGGGAACUUGCCAACCAGCUUUCAACAGCUAUACUUGCUUAUGUCGAGGCAACUGGAAUGGCACCAACUGUACUAUUCCAAAAGACAUGACAUACAAUGCUGGCCAGUGCUUGAAUUAUUUAUCCAGUGCAGAUGUCAAACUGUACAUGAAGACAGUGGAAGAAUGCAGAAGUGCUUGUUUAAACCAGUUUUCUCCAAG